UCCCGCAACCGCCGGCCAGUCCCGAGGGCGCCAUGAGGAGCCCGCGCUGCGCCCCGCUGCUGCUCCUGCUGCUGCUGCCGCCGCUGCUGCUCACGCCCCACGCCGGGGACGCCGCCGUCAUCACCGGGGCCUGUGACAAGGACCCCCAGUGUGGUGGAGACAUGUGCUGUGCUGUUAGUAUCUGGGUUAAGAGCAUAAGGAUUUGCACACCUAUGGGCAAAGUGGGAGACAGCUGCCAUCCGCUGACUCGUAAAAACCAUUUUGGAAAUGGAAGGCAGGAAAGAAGAAAGAGGAAGAGAAGAAAAAGGAAAAAGGAGGUUCCAUUUUUCGGGCGGAGAAUGCAUCACACGUGUCCAUGUAUGCCGGGCUUGGCCUGUUUACGGACCUCAUUUAAUCGAUUUGUUUGUUUAGCCCGAAAGUAAUCACUUUAGAGUAGAAACUUGAAAUGUGAACAGCCACAUGAUGUCUGUAAAGUCUAUUUACUUGUGAUUGUGCCAAACAAAUAAUAUGCCAGAAAGAAAUGCUGUUGCUUCCUCAACUUUCCGAGUAACAUUUCUAUCUUUGAUUUUUAAAUGAUGUAUUAUUUUUUAUUGAAGGAGGAUUUUAGUUUUGGAUAGAAAUGUAAAGUGCAAGGCAUUAUGGAACCAGUUCUCAUGUCCCUGUUUGUGUUUUGGUUUGGUUUGGCUUUUCUUUAUGCCAAUAACUCACCCAUUUUUACAAAAAUGAGGACAAUAAGAAUUUGAUAUUUUGUUACAGAAACUUUUUUUCUUAAACUCCCAUCCCCCCAGCCCUGCCCCAGACACACACAUACACACACACGCACACACACAGCCCUUUUGGUCUCUCACUCCUCAAAGAAUUUUAAGUCUCUCACUUUAUUCUUUGCCGUUUCCCUCUCUGACCCUCUAGCAUUUUAAAGUGUGUGCAUGGGGUCCGUAUCCUUUAACUUGCUGGCGGAAUCACUGAUAAGAAUCAAGCUUUUUGCCUGAUACUUAAACAGUGAAAAGAGUCUGUAGUUGAACCAGACACUCCAAAGUUCUCUUAUAUGGAGUGGAGGUGGGGUGCUUCUAAACUUCCACUGAACUUGGCUAUGCAAGUGGACUUCAGGUCUGCUGUUUGACUGGUGUGAGGACAGAAGACAUGGAAAGUUGGAUUAGUUUAGUCCAGAUUUGUAGUUUGGGUUUUUUUUAAAAAAGACUUUUCCAAUACAAUAUUAUAUUUAUUUAUUUCUUUUUAUAAAGUUUUUUUUUUAAGUCUCAUAAUUAGAGUUGUUCCAGAAAAUGUCACUUGAAGAGGAAGCAUUGAUUUUAAUCUGGCAUAACACUAGUUAGCCUUUUUAAAUCAGUAUUAAGUUGUAAUUUAAACUUUAUUUGUAACCAAAAGGUCUAUUGUAAUGGAUUGCCUGACAUCCUGCCAUUUGUACCUGUAUCAAUAUUGCUGUGUAAAAAUUCUGUAUCAGAAUAAUGACAGUAUUGUACAUCAUUUGAUUUAUUUUAAUAUUAUAUCCUUAUUUUUGUCAACGUUGUUGUCAGUUUUUAUUACAAGUAGAUUCCUAUACAGCCCACAUUCUAAAAUGGGUAAAGACUCCAAAGUUGGUAAAAUAGCACUAACAGUAUGUGCAUUUUCAUUUUACAUACAGGAAAGUUCUGUUUGCAUGAAUUUUAAGGUAGUACAAAAAAUAAACAAUGUGUGAAUCUGUGAGGUUUUGGAGCAUGAAGGAAAAUUAUGACAUGCAAAACUGAUUGUAAUCAGGAAUGGACUCAUGGGAUUUCACUGUGUUGAUUCAGCAAAUAGUGAUGUAGUGUUUAUCAUCGGUGGUUAGG